AUGGAGCUCUUCGAGACCAACCCUUACUUCUUCCCAGACCAGAGGUUUUACGAUGGCGAAAACUACUUGAGCUCCCGCUUGCAGGGCUACGAGCCGGGGGCAUACCAGGAGCGGCCAGGCCUGGGACUGUGUCCGGAGGGCAGGACGGGGUUGGAGGAGAAGGGCUCGCCCCUGCCUGAGCACUGUCCCGGACAGUGUCUGCCCUGGGCGUGCAAGAUCUGCAAGAGGAAGACGGUCUCCAUCGACCGGCGCCGCGCGGCCACCCUGCGAGAGAAGCGGAGGUUAAAAAAGGGGGUGGCCAGUGAGUGUGGGUCCAACAGCGCCUCCUGCAGCCCGGAGUGGAGCACCCAGCUGGCGUUCAGCAGUAACCCCCGGGAUCACCUGUUAACUGAUGAGUCCUCUGAAGACCGCACCCUCCACUCCCUGUCUUCCAUUGUUGAAAGCAUCGCUGUGGAGGACGUGGCUGUCACGUUCCAAGAAGAGAGAGUUCAAAACUGA